CGCGCAUGCGCCGGGCUGGGAGCGCGCAUGCGCCGGGCUGAGGGGAGCGGGGCCGCGCGCAGCCCGUGUGUUUCUCGGGGAGGAGCUGAGGCGCAGACAGCCCCGCCAUGGAUUUCCAGCACCGCCCCGGGGGCAAAACGGGCAGCGGCGGCGUGGCCUCGGCCUCGGAGAGCAACCGCGACCGGCGGGAGCGCCUGCGGCAGCUGGCCCUGGAGACCAUCGACAUCAACAAGGACCCCUAUUUUAUGAAAAAUCAUCUGGGCUCCUACGAGUGCAAGCUUUGCCUGACGCUCCACAACAAUGAGGGGAGUUACUUAGCACAUACCCAGGGGAAGAAGCAUCAGACCAAUUUGGCCCGACGAGCUGCCAAGGAAGCCAAGGAAGCCCCUGCCCAGCCUGCCCCAGAGAAAGUCAAAGUGGAAGUGAAGAAAUUUGUGAAGAUUGGGCGCCCAGGCUACAAAGUGACCAAACAGAGAGACCCAGAAACAGGCCAGCAGAGUCUUCUCUUCCAGAUCGAUUACCCUGAGAUAGCUGAGAGCAUCAUGCCCCGGCACCGCUUCAUGUCGGCCUACGAGCAGCGCAUCGAGCCCCCGGACCGGCGCUGGCAGUACCUGCUGAUGGCAGCAGAGCCCUACGAGACCAUCGCCUUCAAGGUGCCAAGCAGAGAAAUUGAUAAAGCAGAGGGAAAGUUUUGGACCCACUGGAACAGAGAAACCAAACAGUUCUUCCUUCAGUUCCACUUCAAGAUGGAGAAGCCCCCGGCCCCCCCGAACCUCCCCCCAGGGCCCCCGACCGUCAAGCGGCCGCCGCCCCCUCCCCUGAUGAACGGGCUGCCCAUGCGGCCGCCGCUCCCCACCGAGGGGCCGGGCACCAUCCCCCCGCCCCCUCCCUCCAACUGAAGCCCCUCCCGGGCUCCAUCCCGUGGCAUUUGGGUCUUUUUAACUGCAGCUCCCCCCCCAUUCAGGGAACAGAUCCUUUUUGUACCUCUGGAAAGCUGGCUGAGUUCUGUAGGCUCAUUAAAAGGUUUUGCAUUCUCCUUU